AUGGCGAAGUACAGUGCUAUUUUAGAACCUGUGACAAAUAUAUUACAAGGUGUGUCAGUAGAUCUGUAUAAAGUCAGCAAGCAUAUUAAUUCAUUACUAAUAUUGUUCGAUAGUCAUCGAAUUGACGCUGAUAACAUUUUCCAAACAUUAUUUAACGAAGCGAAAUCAAUCGCCAUUGAUUUAGACAUUUUCAUUACAUGUCCAAGAACAGUAAAGAAACAGUCACUAAGAGCGAACUAUGAAACUGAGAGUUGUGAAGAUUAUUACCGAGUAUCAAUGUUUAUACCAUAUAUUGAUUCAAAUUUACAAUCUAUAAAAGAACGUUUUGAAAAAAAAAAUGAUAAUGCAUUUUUACUACAAUAUCUUCACCCCAACAUUUUUAAAAAAUUGGAGAAAAAAAUUUAUUUUGAGAGCGUUGAAAAGAUUUUUGAUUUCUAUAAAAUUGAUAAUCUACAAGCUGAAGCGAAAAGUUGGUACAAUUUUUGGCAAAAUAAGGACUGCCAAGAUAUUGAUUUUAUCGAUUUGUUAAAUUGUAACUGUACGUUUUUUCCAAGUAUAGCUGUUGCUUUGGAAAUAUUUUUGUCUCUUCCGGCUACAAGUUGUACAACAGAACGUUCUUUUAGUACACUAAGACGUGUUAAAACAUGGUUGCGAUCAACGAUGGGCGGUGAUAGACUGAGUGGAAUAUGCAUGUUGAGUGUUCAUAGAGAAAAAAUAAAUGCAGAUAAAGAAAAAUUUAUUGAAAAUGCGCUGACACAAUUUGGUAGAGAAUGUCCACGGAGAUUGAUUAAAAUUUAUAUUUAA